AUGCAGGGUGUUGAAUCAUCAAGAGAUACUGAAGCUGUGCUCGAGGCUGAACAUUCAUGGGUUAUGAACGUUGAUGGCUCGAGCAAUUCCGACGGGUGUGGGGCUGGGCUGAUCUUGGUCAGCCCCGAGGGCUUUCGCUUACAAUACGCCCUGAGGUUCAAGUUUCCAGCCUCCAACAAUGAGGCCCAGUACGAAGCCCUCCUAGCCGGACUCCGAGUCAGCAAAGCCAUAGGGGCAAACCGACUGAAAGUACAGAGUAACUCGCAACUGGUCGUCAACCAAGUAAAUGGCGAGUACGAGGCCAAGGAUGAAAGAAUGGUAGCAUACCUGAGCCGAGCCCAAGCACUGAUCUCCGAGCUCAAACACUUUGAGAUGAUCCGAGUGCCGAGGCAGGAGAAUGUCGUGGCUGACUCUUUGUCAAGGUUGGCCGAGGCUAACCUCCCAAAUCUGUGCCUGUCGGUCUACAGUGAAAUUUUAGAGAAGCCCUCUUUAUAG